AUGGUGCUCAGAAAACAGAGAAAGGCAUCAGCUGGCAAAGAAUUUACAAUAAACUUUUUCAUUUGGGGCUUGACCAUACAUACUAGCUGUUUUGCAGUAAAGCCUUCUGGUGCACUUUCUCAUAUGGUGCUAAGGGGACUCUUCACAAGAUUAGACCCAGCAGGGCCUGGAUAUGAUGAUAAUGAAAACCCAGAAAAUGAGAAGAUGCUAGACCAAGAAGAUGCAGAGUUUGUCCAGGUCAUCCAUACAAAUGCUGGUGUUCUAGGAUAUAAAUAUACCCUGGGAGAUGCAGACUUCUUUCCAAAUGGAGGUUCAGAUCAACCAGGCUGUGAUACUGAUGAUUAUGGAGCCUGUUCACAUGGCAGGUCUACACUAUAUUUUGCUGAAUCUGUCACAUCUGCUUCAGCCUUCAUUGGUUACCAGUGUGACAGUUGGGACACAUGUACCAACUGUAAUGGAAAACUGUCGGCUGUCAUGGGAGCGCACGUUGACCCCAGCACUACCACAGGAGUAUACUACUUGAGUACUGCCAGUUCAUCACCAUAUGGGCUUGGUGUGCAAGGAUGUCCACAGGUUAUGUGAAGAAGAGACACAUCAUAGAAUGAGCAG